AUAUCUUUGGUUGUACUUAUAACAUUGCAGUAUCAUGUAGCUAUGUAAUAUUCGAUCAUGGCAACGAGAAGGCGCCCGUUGCAUCAAAAUGCAGGGUCGAGACUUAACUUCAGGCCUCAGGAAAGUUAUUCCUUUGAAGCAAAGGGAAGGAAGCCUCUACCAGAGCCGUCGUCGAUAUGCAACGUCCUACUGAUGAUGGUGCUUCAUGUCUGCAGGAAGACUUUGUUUGUAGAUACAAGCAUUAAGGUGGCUGUGUAUGGUGGUUGUUUAUUUCUCCUUUCACUCAUAGCAGAUAUAUUACCUUUUCCACGCUCAUACUUUUCAAGUUCUGCGAAUGUGUUUAAUGUUUAUUUCGUGAAACUCGGUUGGGGAUGGACGCUCCUCGUAGCUUUUCCAUUUCUAAUUUUGACAAGUUACACUUAUUGCUGUGGUAAGCGUGAGCUUGUCCUGAAACACUUAAUGAGACUUGGUAUAUCCACGUGCUGUUGGUUUUUUUGGGUUAAUACGUUCAGUUACAUAGAAUCAAAUUAUGGAAGGUGCAACCCAAAGAAACACAGCUCGAAAUCAGUAUGCCUGGGAGCAGGUGGAAGCUGGUAUGGGUUUGAUUUAUCAGGGCAUGCAUUUAUAUUGAUUUAUAGCAAUCUCGUGUUGAUUGAAGAAGCGAGAGCUAUAAUAGGAUGGGAAGGAAUACGCGACUUGAUACGGAAUGAAGAACACGCAAGAAGCAACAGUGAUGCGUCUGUCAGCAAUAGCCCAUUGAGGUUGUUGACAGAAGUUGAGUUCCUGCGUUUGAAAGAGUCGUACCAAAAAUUUACGCCCUAUAUACGUUCCUUAUUUAUUGGAAUGACUACCUUAAGUGUCUUGUGGGACAUUAUGUUGGUGAGCACAAUUCUUUAUUACCAUAUAAUGAUUGAAAAGUUCAUUAGCGGUGCUAUAGCAAUUCUUAUGUGGUUUGUGACGUAUAGGUAUUUAUAUGCUUUAAUGCGCAACUUACCUGGUGAAGGACUGUUUAAAUACAGAGAUUUAAAUAUAAACAGAAGUGUUCCAUUAAACAAAAGAUCAUCAUCAACAAGUGUGAAAAAUGAUAUACCCAGGUUUAUGGGGAUGCCUUUAUAUGCAGCAAGAAAUGUAGAGGAAGAAAGUCAACAAAAUGAAGAUCAGUCUUCAGCUGUGAAAACUCAGCUCUGACAUAUGUAGGUGUGCUCUUCUGAACGACCUGCUGAACAAUUAGUUACCUGCACAACUUUUCUAACUUACUUGUUAACAUUGGAGGGAGAGCUCUGGAGAAGUAAAUUGGUGAUCAUUGAUUAUAUCAAUGAAGCAGGCAUUAAAUUUAGGACAUUUGCAAAAAAUUGAAAUGCGCACUUGUUUCAGAGUGAUUAAUUUUCAAUCUGAUAUCUCAUUUGCAUUGCAAUUACUGCUUCACUGUUCUGUUAGAAAUCCUGUGUGAAAUAGAUAUUCAGAUAAGUUUAUGAUGCUGCCUGUCCUUCAAAAUUUUAAUAUCCUUCUCCAUUAUCUGUAUGUAAUGUUUGUUUGGUAUAUAAGAGAAGCAACCAGCGAGUGACAUGUUACUCUACAUCUCUGCGUUUUGGAAGCCUUUUUCUCAGAGCUCUCUGUUUUCAAUGAAUUUAUUUUUUUUGGACAUGUAAUUUAAUAGUAAUGUGUAACUGAAUUUUAUAAUGUGACAGUCACUGAGGAGCAAUCAGUUCAGUUUUGAUACUGAAUGGUACUCAUGUACAAAACUUGUAUCGUGGUAGUUUAUUUACAAGGAUGAACAUGUAUGUUUCGUAAAAUCUGACAUUUUUCCCAGAAUUUUACUGUAGAAGCUAUAACCAGAAGGGAAAUAACAUAAAUACUUCUUUUGAGGUUACUAUUCUUAUAGUCUGUCUUUAAGGCACUUAAUUUUUUCAUGCAGGAAACCAAUUUUUGGAAUGGAAUGUUAUUUAUAAUUGUUGAAAUGUGAGAUGGCUUUUUAAAGAUUUUUUGUUAGGCCUACUGAAAGUAAGAAUUACUUUAUCAUGAUUGUUUUGUUUUAUUUAUUUGGAAAUAAGAGCACAAAUAUCUCUUUUUUUCAGCUGAUAACUGUUUGACAAAAAAAAAAAAAAAUUGUGUUGCCAUUGGUGUAUACAGUCCUUCCCUUAGUUCUGUUGCACUGGUGUUCUUUGAUGGGUGAUGAAACAGUAGCAAAUUGCUUCAAUUUCUUUAUAUUUUGAAAUUGCAGUGCCUCACAAUCAAUCUGACUUUCUGAUUAAAUUUUGCAUAUUGUAAGAUGAUUUCUGUGAUUGUCUGGUGUUGAACACUUGUCAAAACACCCUCUCACAGGCAACACUUUCCUUCCUUUGUAGAAUAUUCACAGUAUGUCUGUUGCUAUUCUCCUUGCAUGCAGAAGGUGCAUUAGAUUUGUCCUGAUUGUGAAGAAGACUGGCAGUAUUGUUGUAUUCUGAUUAAAAUUAUUUUGUUUGACAUUCCAGCGAGUCAAGUGGUACUGGCCAUCUGCCAUCCAAUAGUAGUUGAGUGCCUAGUGCUUGCUGUGUUGCCUGUAAUGCAGGUUUCAUAUAUUGCCUUGUAAAGCAUAAAUGGCUGUGCACAACCAACACUGCUGUCCACAACUCCAACCCGCCAGUCUUAAAAUUAAGUUUAAUCGGAAUAUAUCCAUUGACACAAAUUUUACAUUAUGACAGCAUACUCUCAAACUGCAGAAAUGGGUCAAUUCUGUGGGGACCACAUAUGCCAGUAGCAUGAAUAGACAGCAGUUUGUAUUUGAUGGAUAUGUGCCUCAGAGUUAACACUUUUAAUGACAAAUCCUUUUUAUAAAAAAUUUGGCAGUGUGUGCGUUUGAUUUGUGUUGUGCAAUAUGGUUGUCUGAUAUCUACUCUUGUACACUCCUUCAGGGAAAACUAGAUAAUUUUAAGCUGUCAGAAUUGUAUUUUUGUGUGUUGGAUGAGCAUAGUCAUAUUUGCAUUGAUAGAAAUGACCCGUGCAUUUGGUAUCUUUGAAAUACUGAAGUUGUCUGAAAUGAUCUGUUUGUGUCGAUCCAUGUCAUCAUCAAUAUCCAAUGUGUAAAAUACUCAGUAUAAGAAGAAUUGUAGUUUAUCUCAUAAGACCACAGUUCUUGGCUUUUCAACUAAGUUUUACAAUUUAACCGAGAUGUAAGGGCAGUGUGAUAAGACACCAGAACUUACAUUCCAAUAGGAAAUAUUGAAAGAAAAAGUCACUGUAGUGUUUUAUUUCUGUCUGCACAUACGUCAUGCACCACAUCAUUAUGCUACAGGUCAAGGUUUGCAUCCAGUACUGAGAGACCCUACUGGCCUGGUAUGUGGGAACUGUAGCCACACUCCUUUUCUCAUAGCUGUCCUUACCGUAAUCUGAAUUAUUGAGUACUUUCCAUAUGUAAAUAAAUUCUGUGGUUGCUCAUGUAUGUUGACAGACCUUACUUUUGAUAAUUCUUUUGACUUGUGAUAACUUACAAAGAAUAUUAGAUAGUUCGAUAAAUACUUCAGCCUGUGUGUAAUUUCUCUUCGUAUGUAUGCUCUCCAGUUUUCGUAGCAUUCAAAUCUGUCUUCAUUGUUUUCUAGAUAAUGUUUUACUUAAUGGGAGGGGAAUGAAUAAAUUAACUCGGUUGUAUGCAAAGACUUAGGUUUACUGCAAGAUUGGUGUUACUAUUAGGAAAUACUCAUUUAUUCCUUUAAAAGAUGCAAUAUUGGAGUUUUUGCCAUGUACAUGUAAUGUUUUAACAGUAAUUCAGGUUACAGUAUCAGUGGAAAUGUCUGAGAGUGAGAGCCAGAUGAGAAACUUUUUGUGCUCUUAUGUGUUUGAUUUUUGAGGGAUGUUCAAAUCCUUUUUCAGCCAAUACGCUCUCGAAAAAUUGUAUUAAAUGUCUUUCAGAAUUGCAAUUAAAUGUUGACCAAUGUAAUCAAUUUAUUUUAUAUUUAUAUUGAACCCAUUUCUGUUUUGUGUACCUGUAAAUCUGACUUUGGGUUUCCAUUUUUAAUGUAUGUUUGAAAAAUGCUAUUGUGGUAAGAGGAAGUUAGAGAAUUCAGAUGAAAUGUGUUUUUUGCCAGGCAGCUGAACUAAAAGAUUUACAUUUUCUCACAGUAUAUUUAUGAAAUACAGCAAACUAUUUAUGUAUUGUAGGCUCUCUAUCUCAAUUUGAAAUUUAUUUUAUUCCAUUAUGUGAAGGCUGUGAAGCUUUUAUUAAGACAGUACAAAUUAUUAAACUUCGUACCAGUGGUAAUGUUGCCCAGAUAGAAGCCAGGAAGCAAGUAGCAAAAUGUGAAAUACAUAAAAUGUAUAUCUGUGAUGUGUUUUUCUUAACAAAUAUGUAUUUUAAGGAUUGUUAAAAUAUAUACUUUUCUAUAUUAA